AUGGACCAGGCCGAUAUACCGGCGCUGCUCUCGCGCCUCGCUAGUGACGAGGAUGCGGCGCGCAAGAUGGCAGUGUUCAAGCUCCAGUCAUCCAUCAACGACCCAGCAUUCGCCGACGUCUUCAUCGGCUCGGGCGGUCUCGUCAUCCUACGCCGUCUCAUUAUGUCCACCAACGGAAACACAUUGGCAUAUUCGCUGCAGAGCUUGAGCCGACUGCUCGAGGUGGACAUGGGCUGGGAUAUCUUCGAGGGCCCCAAUGCGGGAGAGCUGGUUGAGCGCGUAGUCGAGCUUGUCGUCACCAACCCGCUGGUCAACAUUCUGCGAGGUGCCAUGUCCAUCUUGGUUGGUCUCGUCAGUCAUUCGCAAUCGACAGCCCGUGGGGGCACGCCACGCACGCCAGGCACCUUUGGAUUUAGGGCGCUCAAACCUGCGGUCGCGGUGUACCCGCAAUUCUUCGAACUGGUCAUCAUACAGCUACAGUCGGCGGACCACGCCCUUUGCGCAAACGCCUUGAUGUUGAUUAACGCGCUCAUAAGGGAUGCGGUAUCCAACGACAACGGACCUACCUUGCUCGUGUCAAGCUCAAAGGGCACAGUACCUCCUGGUGAGGAGUGGUCCAAGUUCAUCAAGAAGCUUCAGGAUCUAGGAUUGAUCAAGGCGGUGUACAAUCUCAUGCAGAGCUCGUCGUUACAGGAUCUGGCGCACCCGCUACUUGAAUUUCAGACCCUGACCAAGGUCCUGCUUCGGAAAUGGAGGGGCGUGAGGGUGGACUUGGAGCGGCCAGAACACAGGAGAGCGCUGAAGGGCUUACAUCUUGCAAGCGCACCCGAGAGACGUCAGGCUAACGGAGGAAUGACGACCUUGUCCCCCACGGGAAGACCAUCAACGGCCGCGACAGUUGUAGCCAGGGAAGAGGCAGAAAACGGAGGCGAGACUGCAGCAGGGAGGAAAUCAAGCAGACGGCAUAACCCCGAGAAGUGGAGGAGAUUGGGUUUCGAGACAGAAUCACCGGCAUCCGAGUUCGAUGUGGCCGGCUUCCUGGGCAUGAUGGACCUGACAGACUACGUGCGCAAAAACGAGGAUGGGUUCCAGAAGCUGCUGCUCGAGCAGUCUAGCAAGCCACUCAACGAACGAUGCCCCGUGGCGCGGGCUAGUUUGGCCGUGACCAUGAUUCUGUACGAGCACUUCGAGGUUGAGAAAUGCGAUCUGGACGAUAUUAGGAACGGCGGCUACUACCAGCUUGUCGACGGAGGCAGCAAAGCUCACGACAAACUUUUCCGUCCCUUGUUGCUUCAGUGGUCACGACUACACACCGCAGGACUACAUGCCUUCUUCCGGAUGUGGAAGGCGACUGGGGCGACUCGAUAUGAUUUCGACAAGGUGGCAGAGCUCGUCCGGAUCCUGAUCGAUCAAGUGGUUGGGCAGGCCAGCAGGAGCAAGGACGUGCUGGAGGUUGAGGAUGAUCUGCAUGAGUAUGAUUCUGGAAGACUCCGAGAGUUGCAGAUGGAUCUACUAGAGCUUUCGUUCGAGGAGCAGUGGGGUCCCCAUCUCUUCCAGGUCCGCGAAGAACUCAAGCACGAAGCACUGCAGUUCGUCAAGGAGCAGCGUAUCCGUUGUCUCUUGCAGGGUUCAUGGUUUUCCAAGCCCCAGCCUCAUCGCUCCAACCACUCUAGGUCGGAAAGCGUCAAAACCGGGCAAGAUAAGGGUAGCCGUCUGUACCAGCCUUGGCGGUUCGCGAAACUUUCGCACAACAGACGGUAUCUUCACUAUGCCGACUUUGCAGAGCAGGCAGAACACGAUCCUGGUUUAGAAGCUUUGACAGAGAAGAUCGAUUUGAUGAGCAUCAGCUCGGUAGUAUCGAAUGUGUCAAACGGGGAGGAUGCCGCAGCAGCAGGUGAAAACGGAAAUCAGGCCUCGUCAAGCCUGACAAGUCUCACUAAGGACGCUAAUUCUACCACCCCGGCAACGGCUAACAAAUCGACGACGAAGAUCACUAUUUACAGUCUUUCCGAAACCUUCUCGCCGGAGCUGGCCAGUCUCGCCGCCGCAGGGAAGACCAAGGAGCAGCCGAUCCUGACGCUCCAUCCUCUCAAUCACAGUCUGGCGUCGGAGUGGCUGGACGGUUUGCUUAUGCUCCUCAACCAGGCCCCCAUCACGGCCGAGACUAACAAGCUCGUUACGCUGGUGAGCGAGUAUGGCCUCAAGAUACGUCUGCUCAAUGUCAGGGCUGAGGCGGCCGAUAAUGGACCGGUUCCGGGCGCUGGUCAGGUGCCUAGUCGGGAGGGGUUGGAUGAGGAUUACUAUUAUGAGAUUUGA